CUUUCGGCCAUCAUGCACUUUCGCCUGUGAUUUUGUGGUCGGAGUCGGACCAGGCGGUACACAGGCUCAUCUCUGAUCAAAGCCACGAGUAUUUCAUCGAUCCACGAGUAUGACUUCCCGCAAGCGCGCCAUCUCGAUUAGCUCGGAUGGCAGCUCACAGUCGACCGACGUUUGGAUACAAUCUGAGGCCUCUUCUUCAUCGAAACCCAUCCGAGCGGCGCGUAAAUCGACGGGAGGGAAGAGACCGCGCGAGGUAGAACCGUCCAAGAGCGCAAGUACGCGAUAUCAAUACGCUCGCAAAUCCACAGGGGGACAACCACCCCGCGCCUCAGGCUCAUCCGAUCCGACCCCUUCAAGCUCAAUGAUCCCCUACGUUCCCUUAGCACGCGCCAAAGUGACCGGUCCCCAUUGUGGGCUGUGCACGAACCCACUGCCCACACCGUAUGCGCCUAUAGAUUCUAUCCACAGAUUUUCCAUGCGUUGCGAACAUGACCUGCAUUACUGCUGCUACAUGGCGUACAUAUCGCAGGCUGUGGCGCCGGUGGGUAUGAAGGAUUCGUGUCCGGAGUGCAGAGAAAGCAUACUCAGCGACGGGAGGUACUGGGUCCGCGCAACAUCGCAUGCCGGAGAGCAGACCCCCGUGGACAUCACAGAUCGGGUCCUCGCGCGACUGAAAAUGGUGAAGAACGCGAAACAGCAACUGUUUUUCGACAUGCUUGAAAUACGGAAUGUCGUCCUUGCCUCGGCAUUGCUGGAGGGCUCCGAUCCUAUCGAUGUCAACUUCCAAAGUCUCACGACCGGGAUUUCUGCCCUCCAUAUAUGCGCCCUGAAAAACGACGUUCCGGGGAUCGAGUUCCUGCUCAAAAACGGGGCGGAUAAAGACGCGAAAACGUUUGCCGGUCUGACUCCCCUGGAGUCGGCGCGCUUCUCAAAUGCUCCUGAUGCCGAGAAGCGUCUUUUACUGGCAUGAAAACGAAACAUCCGAGCAGGAAUAUUGCGUAUACAUACUUUGUUGUAAUAUUAUUUCAACUGCUGGCUUGGGUGUUGGUUCGAGUCCCCCCUGGAACUCUUCGGAUCGAUUAGUGAUACCUAGAGGUGCUCAGUGAAUGCAAGCUAGCCGAGUGUUAUGCUGGAGGCAUCUGGCUGUCCGAAAGCACGUCAACUCGUAAUUAGUACAUACCAGUCCACACUCCGUCCUCGAGCCCUUGAACUGUUCCGAACAGUGACAACAAACGUUUGGCAUA